UGACAAAAACAGACGAAAAUUAAAAAGGGAGGGAGAAAAUAGAGAAAAGGAACUAACUGUCGACUGAUUUUGCGAUUGUUUCUAAAAUUAUUUAGGUAUAUACUCAUGGAGAAAGGUUUUACUGAAGGUUAUGAUGUUGAAGUUGUAUCAAAUGACAACCCAGAUAUGUAUUGCAUGGUUUGUUUGAAGUUGAUGCGAAAACCUGUGCAGUUUUUUUGUACUCAUGGGUCAUGCCAAUCAUGUUACGAAAAUAUUAUCAGAUCAUCUACAUUGGAGAAGCCAGUUUUGUGUCCAACAUGUCGGUCAGAGAUUGCAUGUUCCAAGGUAUUUCCUAAUGAGAUGGUCCAUCGUAUGAUACUUGGUGUGAACGUAAAAUGUGUCAACACAAGGAGUGGAUGUGAAUGGAUUGGUACUCUGGGGAAUUUACAGGAGCAUUGCAAUGCAUCGUGCAUGUUCACUAUUGUUCAAUGUCCUUGCAAGAAUUGCGAUUUUAAGGUGGUGCGGGCAAAUUUACUGAAUCAUCAAGAGACAUGCAAGUUUCGAUUGGUAGUGUGUAGUUAUUGUAACGUGAACUAUUUUUUAAAGGAUGAAGAGAAUCACUUUAAUGACUGCACAGAAAAGCCUGUUAGUUGUCCUAACAAAUGUGGAGAAAACAUUGGAAAACACGAGUUACGACUUCACUUGGAAAAUUGCAAACACAAGGAGAUGUUGUGUCCUUACAAAAUUUGUGGUUGUGAACAUAAGGUGAGUGGCAAAGAUAUGGAAUCACACCUAGCAGAUUCUGUGCAUUACCAUCUCAGCUUGGCAACUACUUCUAUGCUGCAAAACAAAAACCAUAUGCAGACUGAACUUAAAGAAUUUAAACACACCAUGCAGAAAAGGUUUCAAGUAUUAGAACAUAAAAUUGAUGAAAUAAGCACGGAAUUAACAGCUUCGCAACCACCCUCUAAAGAUCUCAAUGAAGCUAUGGUAAAUACUUUGUUGGGAAAAUGUUUUGCUUACCUUGAUUGCGAUGCUCCAUUGACAGAAUUAAUUGAGGAAUUUAAUUCGGACAUGAAAACGUCUCGAAAUGAAUUCCAAGAGAUUGCUGAAAGAGAUGUUUCCUUUAUUCACUUUCGAGAGAUGAAAAAAAAAUCAAAGGAAAGUUUUGAGUGUUUUUUAAAAGAAAUAAAAUCGUAUCAAGAAAGUUUUGAAGAUUUCUGGUCUUCUGACAAGCUUGCAGAUGUUAGUAUUUUGCAGGAAAAAGAUCUGCACGCACUUAAAAGUUAUGCUAAAUCGUAUUUUGACGACCUAAAUGAAAAAUGUGGAAAUGAGCUCAAAAAGUUUAAAGAUACUUUCAAAAAGAAAGACUGGGGAAUUGAAUACGAAAAAGUAUUUAAGGAAAUAACUGGAAAGAUUUUGACUGCAGAUAUACAUAAUGACGUCACUUUAUGGAGAGUCGACAAGAAAACAUUGAGUACGGUUGGUCAUGCUGAACGCUUCGUUAAGAAAAACAGUCAGAAUGAGGAGGAUUGUUUGCUGGUGACCAAACAAGAAUCUUCAUUGGAAAUCAAAUAUAGGUUUUGGUCUUCAUCUCCGUACGCAAAAGCUACCUUUCAACUUUUAAACCAGAAGGAACCGAUGGUCUAUAUGCCAAAAUGCGUUAAGUACAUGGAGAAGGAAAGAAAGAAGAUGAACGGGGGUAUACUUCAUAAUGUUAUCGCUGAGUUUCCAUCCCUGGGAUGUUUACCUUCGCAAGUCUAUUGUGGUGGUUCUUUUUAUUUGCGUACCGAAAAAACAUUUAAGUAAUACAGUAGGCGUUAAAAAUUACCAUGUAUAUUUCGAACUACAUAUCACACUUGUCAUGGAUGAUACCGCCUAUAGAUUUAAUCCUAAGUUUCUUUUAUUUUUGUACUUAAUUCUGUAUUUUUAUAAACAAGGACACUAAUUCUGGUAACUCGAUAAAAAUGUCUCGUUUUCAAAAGCUAGUUAAAUUCAAUUAGUCUGAUAUGUCAAAAAUAUUUUUUGUUGCAGGGAUAUUUAAAUGACAGGAAGCGGUGAAAUCGCUAUCAAUCUUAAUGUAUGAUAAUGUCAGAAAGAGUUUGUGCUAGAAAAAAGAAAAUGAUAAAAAAAUACUUCAUAAUUUUUGUAGGGGACUCAAGCUAAUCCAUUUUACAAAAUUUCUGUUAAGAAUGAUUUUUAACAUUUAAUAAUAACGGUCUAUUUUAUGUAUUAGAAUAUGGAAAGGGUGCCUUUAGCUGAAUAAACUAAUUUGCCUGCGGAAAAUAUUCAGAAAGAUCCAUAGGUCUAUGCUAGAAUUAAUUUUUGCGAAUUUUUUUAAACACACACGAAAAACCUUCGGUAAUUGCUAAACACUUAUUCCCUAUUAGAUAACAUCACCAUCGUCUUCAAAUACCAUGUUCACUAACAUCACCAUCAUCUUCAAAUGCCAUGUUCACUAAAAUCACUAUCAUCUUCAAAUGCCAUGUUCACUAACAUCACCAUCAUCUUCAAAUGCCAUGUUCACUAAAAUCACUAUCAUCUUCAAAUGCCAUGUUCACUAACAUCACUAUCAUCUGCAACAACAUGAUUUCCAACAUCUCUAUCAUCCCUAACAUGAUCACCAUGAUCACCGUCAUCACCAUCACUAACAUCACCAUCAUCAGUGACGUCUCUAUUAUCAGUGACAUCUCCAUCAUCAGUGACAUCUCCAUCAUCAGUGACGUCUCUAUCAUCAGUGACAUCUCCAUCAUCACUGACAUCACCAUCAUCAAUGACAUCACCACCAUCAGUGACGUCACCAUCAUCAGUGACAUCACCAUCAUCAGUGACAUCACCAUCAUCAGCGACAUCACCAUCAUGAAUUUUUUUCUGUCAAGUAUACCAAAAGUAUGAUUUUUUUUCUUUUUAAACACAAUUUACGCUAUUUUUUUUCUUCUGGUUUACCUAAACUGCAUAUAAUUCACAUGUGAAUUUCGACUUUAAAAGUCCUUAUUUAAUGUCUGCCACAUAAAAAUGGUAUAGAUUGAGGAACAAAAUUGUAGCAAAUUCUUUUUUUGCGAAAUUGGCGUAAUAUCAGGACUUGCUAAAAUUCUUGCAAAAAUUAAUUACCUUGAGUUAUUUAUAGUCAUAACUUGUAAAUGCAUUAAAAAAUAUUAAGUCUCCGUGACAUACCAACGUUUAUUGCAGGGAUAGUUUUAACAUAAGUUCAGUUUUUUCCUGAAAAGUCCGUAUGUUGUUAUAUACCACCCAAAUAGUCGCGUAACCGUCUGGCUUUCAGAAAAUCUGAUUUGAUAUUUUUAGGUAAGGAUAAGGUCGACAUCAAUACUAUAAGAACUUAGAAUGAACCGUAUCAUAUAUUUCGGAUUAUUCUUCUACGCAGGUGCAUUAAAGCCUCUUUUUAGGCAUUUUUGAAAGAAAAUUCUAGAAAAGUGUCAAUAUAUUAACAAAAGUCUUGUGUACAUCUUGCAGAUAUUUAGUCUCCUCUGUUUUAUUCAGGGGUUUAGUAUUAAAAAAUCUUAAAGUUGAACUCCAUCAUGGUGUCUAUAUUUGUUGCAUAAAUAUUGUAAAUUUAUUGGUGUAAGUGUAAUUAUUUAAAUUGAGAAUACAAUUGUAACACUCAUA